UCCACAUGUUGGAUACGAAUGAAAACAAGUUUUAAAGACUGGAGUAAUUCCUAAGUUUUCGCUAUGGAUUUCUGCCUUAUCCCUGGAUUUUAUCAACGCAUAAGUCAAAGAUGAAGGGACAUACUUUUAAAAUAACUUUGGGGCUGAUAGAAGAGGUGCUCCCCGGCCUCGACGUCUACCUCCGAUUCACACUAGCGCGGGAAAACCUCUCGCCAGGUGCCGAGAGCACGCGUGGAUACUUCAUAGAGAGGCUUGAUGUCUUGACGAAGAAACCAUAUGAAGUCUGGGACCGGGUACCACGCGAGUUCGAAAUUGAAGAACCCGAACCACCUCCGCCAAAAAUCCCGCCGCGAAUGCGGAAAAUUCCACCGCUGAGCGCGGGGAAGGUAAAUGGUGCGGAGAAGAAAACAGAGAAAAUUUGUGAUGAUGCUGCAACGGCGAGAGUUUCAGCUCCUGACGAUGGGGAUUCAAAUUGUGUGUCAGCCAAUCAAACAGAUUCUAAGUUGAAACCAUCGGUUCCACCAAAGCCAGAACAUCUUGUGACCUUGGUGCGGUCGCGUUCAAGGUCGCGACCACGUUCCGGUUAUUAUAAUCACUCGAGGAUGAAACCGCCAGAAGCAGACGGCGGGGAGGAGUUGGACAGUGAGGAGAAGGAUGUGACCUUGGGUGAUGUGACCUUGACCGGGUCAGAGGUCAAGGUCGAAGAGGAGGAUGGUGGGUAUGAACCAAUCCGUCGUCUUAUCGGAAUGGAAAAUGACUCUAGUGCUAUUUUGGAUUCUAAUGCAAAUAUUGAGAAUCGGGCGAAAGAGGAUUCGCCUGAAAUAUCAAAUUUUGUAGAAGAGGAAUCUGACAAUGUUCAAAGUCCUAGUCGCAAGUUAAGCAGUGUUUCCACUCAAAGCCAAGAUAGCGCUUUAGGAUUUAAUUUAGAUAUUCCAAAAAUAGAUUGUAAGAGCACGGAGAAUAUGUUGGCGAUGGAUUCGAAUUGUGCUAUCAAUGAAACGCCGAUGUUGAAACAUAAACCGCUUGUGGAACCGGUCGUAACCGGAGUGGGAGGGUCUCCGCCGGUCUUGCCGAAACGGCCCCAGUUUCUCACUGUGGCAAAACCAAAGGUGGCAGCGCACCAGUCACCGUCGUCUAGUCCACGGCUGGUUCGAGAAUCCUCACCAUCGAGAUCACCUCAUCGGAUAACAUCAGAGGAUGUCCCCCCACCGCUCCCACCAAGAAAGAGAGUGCCGCCCCCUGUUAGUGAUGGUCAACCUGAAGUGCCGUCUAGUGAGGGAGUUGGUGUGGAAGCCCCGGCGUUGCCUCCUCUACCACCGAGGCCACACGAAGCUCUCGGCCUCCUGACCCAGAGAGAGGCAGAAACAGAAGAAGAGUUUGUUGCCUGGCAACGCAUGAUCUCGCGGUCGAACAUCGUCGAGGAAGAAGAGGAGGGCGACUAUGAUACGAUUGACAAAUCUGAUGGUGAAGAGGGCAGUAAAUCAGCUGAGAAGAAGAAGAAGAAGAUAAGGGAAACAGAACUCUUAGGUAUGAUUAAGCGUAAAUUUUACGGCAAGCGCAUGAACUCGAGGGAAUCACUAAGAGAGAGUAGGUUAAAUGAGAGUGACGCCACUUCAUACGAGUCUUAUGACGAUAUGGGGGACCACCAGGAAGUCAACAGUAGCCAGGAGAAUAUCAUCGACCCUGUCCUCACGAGCAAGGAGAACCUAACUGCCUCAUCAUACUCUCUCACUUUCCCCAGAUCUUCCAAGACUAGCGAACAGCUUGCUCUGAGCUUGCAGAGAUAUGCUAAGGAAGAAAUCGACGACCAAGCGAUGACACUACCGAGAUUUAGGAGUUUUCGCAAGAGUAAACGAAAGGCAAAUAAGGGUUCGUUGGAUAACGUGUCUCUCUGUCAGCACGGUGCUGCCAACUUCAGUGGGGAGUUACAAUAUAAAGGAAAGUACCAAUGGACUCGACGCUUCUGCAUCGUUACAUCUGAUGAAUUCCUCUGCUUCAAGACAGAGCGCGACAGCCGGCCGGUGUUGUCGUUCGCACUGAAAGACUUCGAUGUGGCGUACAUCGAGAAGGAGGGCAAGAAGCAUCACGUCAUACGGCUGUCUCAUCCGGGAUUCGAUACCCAUCUCUUCAGCGUUGACUCCAAGGAUAGAGCGGACAUGUGGAUUGAGCAAUUCAACUCGAUUGGAAGAAACUUGGAGAAGAAUCGCAUGUCAGCUGAUAGUCUGGAUGGCAUCAGGACAGAGGAUGGAUCUUCAACAUCAACACCCUCUCAAAUGAACAGCCACAAUUCCCUGUCCAAUAUUUCGCAGACCAGUUCAACAAGUGACAGCGCCGAUACACAUUCCUACACCCUGGCGCCCUCUAUGUCUGGUUCACAAUACUCGGUGACGUCUAUGAUCGUUGGCUCAAAAGAAUCAACAACUCCUUCACCGCUGCGCAAACAAACCAAACGACCACUGUCAACGCCCUCUAGUAACGAUGUGAUAAACCGUGCAAUCGUUCUGUCCAACCCCUCCACCCCUACUGAUAUGAAGCUUACCCCUUCACCGAGUGGACAACGCCACUCGGCACAUCACCUUAGCAACCAGAAAUCAAGGCGGACGUCACAGUUAUUCGGCAGCUGGGGUAAAAAGAAAACCAAGAAGUCCACACCGAACGCCGAGCCAUCUGCGCCCAUAAAUUUCGAGGUUUACGAAGGAUCGUCGUAUGAUGUUUCUGUCUCAGGUUACAUGAAUGUGAAAAGUCAGCUCAGCAGCCAUUCGCCAGAUUGGACCAGAAAAUACUGCCGAAUCAAGAACGGCUUUUUCGAAUGCUACAAAGACAUCGCUGAUUAUCGACAUGAGUUCAAUUUCCCGCUGGUCGGCUGUGAGAUCUUGACGGCACGAGAGGCGCACCAUGACCUUGCCAUCAAGGUCGUCCAGGGCGACAUUGAGAAAGUCUUUAUUGAGCCUGGCAACACCCUCGAUCAAGGUCGCUGGUUGGCCGUCCUUAUCAAGGAGACGACAUGCUGCUCCCAGCCUCCACCUGGCUCAGAUGACGAUGAUGCCAUAUCACCUUUGGUCCUGUCGCCGAGCUCGGAUAAUCUUGACGAAAAAGUCUUCUUUGAAAACGAUGUGCAUUCUGAUCCGGGGUCGGAUGGUUCCGAUGGAUAUGAGCAGCAAGCUAUCAAUAGGAAUUCCUUUGAUACGUACGAUAGGUUGAAGGACUCAGAUUCUGAAAAUAGCUAUAUUGAGAAUUAUGGUCCUGAGGUACAGGCGGUGCGGGAGGCAUUGACAUCUGGUGCAAAAACGGUGAAAAAUCCUGAUGAUGGUUGUACAAGACUUAAAGAGGAGCGCUUGAAAUCUGAUUCAGACAUAGUCGUACGACCAAAGAGUAAAGUGUUGGAUGUGUACGCCAAAGUUGAGAAGCGUGAUUGGCGGUUUUCUGCGCUGAUGGCGGAGGAGGCGUCCAGUAAACGUUCGUCCGUCGCGAGUGAGUAUGAUGAUAUUUUAAGCGCGGUUAUGAAAGUUAGUCGGAAGUUUUCUGAAGUACCCGUAAAGUCAUUCAUGAGUCGGAGUUUGAGUUUCGAUACGGGAAAGUCUUUGAAAGCUGCAGCGGAGAGGGUGCGUGAUUUGGACGCGAUAGCGGCGAAGGGGUAUGAAAGCUUUCAAGAACUUCAUAACAGUCGUCAGGGAAGCUCUGAAAGAGAACUGCUAGAUUCCUCUGGUGGUACGAACAGUAUAGAGGGCGCUGUUAUAAGUCAGGAUGAAUCCUCUGUGAUAACUCUCCCUUGUGGUGAAUCUGAAACUCUUGGUGCUGCUAUUGAUAAGACCUUGUCGGAUGAAUCACCAAUUAUUCAUAAAAACACUGGAAAGACUAAGAACUCUGGUUCACAUCGGCCCCGGAGUGAUGUGCUGUACCCUGAGAUUUCAAAUAGUUUCGGAAGCCUCGAUGAAAUUUCAUCUGAUUCAAGUUCGGAUGACGAUUCGUCUAACGCACGGACACUUCCUAAUCUAGAUGAAGGAAAGGAACAAACACCCGUCAAAUUUUACGAGAGUUCCGAUAGAAAAAAAGACAGUGGGAUAUGCGGGGACAGCAACGAGUCAAUUAGUGCAUUGAUCAAAGAUGAGGGCGCGAAGGUUCGUGAUGAUGCUAAAGCACAGCUUCGUGAGCAUGGCGAGGCCACGGACGACCAGAGUGAAAAACGUAAAACCACCGACAGUAUUGAUAAAGUUUUAGCGGGAACUUUUGUCAACACUGCCACGAGUGUUUACGCAAAGGAAGUACCGGUCAACAUUGAGGACAGCGAAGAUGAUAAACAUUCUAGUCACGAUGGAGCAGAGGAAUCAGAUCACGAAUAUGACGAUAUUGACGAAAAGAAGCGCAAUAGUUUUGUCCCAAGAGAUGGCGCUACUGAUUUGGCGGAAGAUUCAAAGCUUGACAAUGAAGAUGAGAACGUUUAUGAUGAGAUAGAUAAGGAGAAUGAUGGUGAAGGUCAAAGUUCCAAGGUCGUCGUUGAAGUUCAUAAUUCCAAGGUCGUUGCUAUUGGUGAUGAAGCAGCAAAGGGUGGUUCUGAAGGACAUCAUGAUUACGCCGACGUUGAGGAUAAGGAGAAGAAAGAGGGCGUUGCAGAGGAGGAGAGUGACCAUGAUUAUGACCCAAUAGAGUUCAAGGGAGCGACUGGUGAGGGUGCCGAAGGGAGACCGUCGUCUGAGAGUGAGUAUGAAGAAUAUGAGGAUCACGAGGAGGAAUCCGUUGAAGAAUAUGAGGCUCACGAGGAGGAAUCCAUUGAAAGUAAACAGGGAAGAGCAACUGCUCUUCAUGCUGAGGUGCGUGUCAAGAAGAGAGAAUGGGCACAAUUCAAGAAACUUAGGCUGGCCUUAGAAAAUCAACGAAUCCAAUCUCGCGACCCCGAAGAAAAGAAACGUCUAAUCACGGAAUACAACGACCUUGACGAGAAGAUCAAGGUGAUCGAGGUGGAGCUUGCCGCCAUGGUGGAAGAGCACCGAGCGCUCUCGAGUGCCGUCACCAAACACUUUCAGUCGCAAGGCCUUAUGGGAAGGAAACUGAGCGCCAUUAGCAUUGAGAGUUUCAUGAUGACGGGUAAAUAGCACAAUUUGAUGUUUAGCCGUCUUGUUGAGUUUGAUUCUUACUCGGAUAGUUUUCGUUAUGAAUUUUUUCGACAACCAGGAUUUAGUUUUGUGCUGACUAAAAAAGAAAGUGAUAUUAGUGACUAUUUUUGAUGAUUUCUUUGUAUAAAGUUUAUAAGGCCAAUUUCAAUCAUAAUUAUAGCAGACUUAUGCAAACAAUGACUCGUACAGUUUUGUACAAGGUAAUUUUAUAUGAAGAUUAUAUUUUAUGAUUGUUGAAAACAGUAAGAAAGUUGUAAAAUACCAGAUUUUGUAACUGGUUACGCAUGUGCUUGAAUGAUUACUGGAGAUAAUCAGGUGUGCGCAUGCAUUUAAACCGGAUAUCUAAUGUUGAGAACUUAUUCCUUCUUCUGCUGAUCAUGGCGCUGACAGAAAGUCCUCGAUGGAAUCGUAGGAAGGACAAUAUGGCUAGGACGUUCCUAGGGUGUGUAUACAGAAUGAGGAAAUGCAUGGUUUGUUUCUCAUUGAAACAAUCAUUACUUGGUUAUGGGGUUGAACUUCACUUGGAGACUGAUAUUUUUCCAAAGUUCGUGAUCAUUUCAUAAAUUAUGCAAAUUUUCAUCACAAAUUUUGAGUUUAGAGAUGUUUUAUAACGUGAAUAUGUAUUUGAAUCUUAUAUUUUUGGGUUUACAUGGAAGCUUAGCUUUUGGGAAGAAUAUUUUAUGGGAUUUUACCGUUCAAAAAUGUUAUCAUGAAAAGUGGUGAGUGAAAUUGAUGUUUUUAAUCAUGUUUAGGAUGACAAUUAUAGGGGCUAGAAAGAAGGAUCAGAGAUUUAUGCCACCUUGGAUUUCAAGAUAGAACUGAUGUAACCUCUGAUAUGGGUUGAUAUUUCAUAAAGGUUUGAGUGUUUGUCCUUUUAGAUGUUUUUACUGACGAUUUUGAUACUAACUUACAGCGAUGUUCAAUCAAUGUUUUAUAAAGCAGUAUUUAUGUGUAAAACUUAUGCAAAUAAGGUUAUACUUUGUAGGAAUGUUGCCAUGGUAAUCAUUGUCCGAAUGUUGAUGUUUGUACUCGAGAAAUCGUUUUGACGCCACAUGAGCUGACACUCAAAUGAUGUGGCCUGAUAUUAUAAAUGGGCCUUCAUGCAUCUCACCAAACCAAGUGGUGCUUUGAAUAUGUGUACUCACUUUCCCUUUAACUCUUAUGUUCCAAUAGGAACACUCUAAUGAGGGUACUGGACACUCUAAUGAGGGUACUGGACACUCUAACGAUCAUGUUGAGUUACUGUUUCCCAUUUUCCCAUUUCGCUGUUUUCGGUGGAAAAGGUCAAAUGGAAAAGUACUGCACCAAGUUACUUUUGUGAAAUUACUGCCUGAUAGAUAAGAUAACCUUGACAAUCUUUCAUUCAUCAAAGACAAAUAUGUCCCAACCUUUGUGUUUUUGUGAGAGUGGACAAAUGUUCUAAAUGUUCAGCAGAUUUACAUGACUUCAUCGCCUUAUAAUCCGUGAUAUUUUAAUUGUAUCCUCCGAUAGUAUCCCUUUGGAUCACUUCGGAAAUACACUCACAGAGGAGUGUUUGGGAACGGUAUGAUGUCUUGCUGUGGGAGAGUGUUUGAGAUGGUAUUUAGAUUUGAAAUAAGGUGUUAGAAAAUGUGUAUAUAAUUAGAUGACAGUAUUUUAUAGUAUGAAUAUUUUAAUGUAUUAUCCUUGCCACCAGAGGGCUCUGCAGUUUUGGCAAGUGGAGCCCCCUGGUGUUCAAGAGUUGAUUUAAUCAGUUUUCUGCUUCAUUGUCUGUAUUUGUUUGGUAGGACCCCAAUUAAUGUAUUAUCCCAGCCACCAGAGGGCUCUACAUAUUUGACAGGUGGAGCCCCCUGGUGUUCGAGAGUUGAUUUAAUCAGUUUUCUGCUUCAAUGUCUAUCAUUUAUACCCAGCUUUUAUAAUCUACGGUCUGAUGUAUAUAUAUUAGCUUCAUAGCGCUUCCUAAAGCACGAAUUUUUACCAGUCAUGAUUUUGGUAUGAAAAAUCAGAUAUGUAUAUAAUAUUAUCUUUGAUUCCUACAUUUAUUACAUUUAUUGAAUGAGUAUUUUUCAAUAAAGUUAAAAUAAUUGA